AAGGAAACCUUUUCAAAUUUAUUCAGAAACAAUUUCCAAUACUACUAUAUUUUUGCAAUGGUGAUAAAUAAAUUUAAAAGUCAAACAAUAUUAAAUGUAGGAGUAUACCUACACAACAUGCUUUCUUGCAUGGCAAACUAUACGUUGCACUAUCUAGAGGAAUAUCUAUGCCAAUAAAAAAAGUGCAGGGCAUGUGUGAACAACCAGAUUGAUGCACCGGGACAUACACAAGAAAUACUAUCUACAAAAAAAGUAUUAGGUGAGAUUUGAUUAAUACCAAAAUUGUAAGAAAUUAAACAAGAAAAAACAUACACCACACAUGUAGUUAAUGAAAUUAUAUUGGACAAAUUCUUAGGUUUGGUGGAAGAGGAGACGAAAUGAAAAACACUAGAGAGCUACCACAAAAGACAUUACUUUUGUGUAUAUAAAGUUAUUCAAAUACAGGGUACAGUGAAUUUCAAAUAGUAAAAGGGAACAUACAGUUCAUGACACGACAUAACUAAGAGGACAAACUGUUAAUUUGUGCACAAUUACUUACUAACAAAUUGCCUAAUCACAAUUUAAGAAUACGAUGUUCGUCACUACAUACCCAACAAGCAAGAAUGCAAAUAGAUUGGCCAUUCACUUAGUAUGAUGCAGUCCAAUAUUAAAUACAUAUUGAUAUGUUGAAAGCCUAAAACAUACAUAAAAGAUAAAAUAUCUCGUGUAUAGGGAUCUUAAGACUUAACCUACACGUGCGUUCAGUGAAUCUAGUAUAUAGAUAGAUAGAUAUAUUCUUCUAAACAAGAUUCAUCAUCCCUUUAACUAAUUAAAGUUGUUAUUUUGUCAGACAAUUAUUUUGUUGGUACAUAUGGGAAUGAUACUAUUUAUUCUAGGUUUUCAGAGUGGUUUAGAGAAUAUGUAAGUGUUACCUAAUACUAUUAAACAUUUUCCCACCAAUUAUAUGUAUUUUUAGAAUUCUAAAUUUUCUUUAAUUUUAUAUAGGUUCAUAAUCCAAUUAAUGUCGUGGAUGUCGUGAAUGUCCAAUUUUUUACGUGAUAUUUCUUUGGGACCUGAUCAUAGAGUUAGAAUAAUGUCUAAGUACUUCAUCUAUGGGUAUACAUUUCAUACAGAAGAAUGGUCCAAAGGCAAGAAAACCAACAAUAGUGGGUGUGGGUGAAAGGUGAGGGGGAUAUUGACUAUUAAGGUGUGCUUCAAGAGAUUAUAGAACUCCAGUAUGUUGUUGGUUGGCCAAAGAAAAAUCUAGUAAUAUUUUUGUGCAAGUGGUAUGAUCCUGAUUCUAGUGGUACAAAGGUCCAUCCUCAAUACAAAAUAGUUGAAAUUACUCACACGAGGCAGUAUUGUUUCUAUGAUCCAUUUAUCAUUGCACAUAAUGUGAAACAAGUGUAAUACAUUCCUUAUCCUUUGUGCAAGAAUAAAUCUUCAUGGCGUGUAGUUAUAAAAACAAAGCUCGUGGGGAGAGUGGAGGCUGAGGAUGCAUUGUAUGUAGCGUAUCAAAAUGAUAUUUCAAGUGUGGAAGCAAUGGUGGAUGAUGAAUUAGCAGGUGAAUUGCAACAUAUAUAGUGAAGGCAUCUAUGAAGAAUUUGAUGCUACUGUCCUUCAAUCAAAUCUAAAUAAUUAUGGGGAAGGAACAUCCAGAGCUAACGAGGAGAAAUCCCAAACUGAUGAAUAUGAUAAAAGUCAUGCGGAAUUGCUUGAAGAAAAUGAAAUAAGUGAUGAGGAAGAAUUUGAUGGUGAUUAUGAAUCAAAUGAAGAAGAUUGACUUGUUUGGAUCAUUAUCUUAUCCAAUGUUUUUCUCUUGAAUUUAGUGUUAGGCAAUUGACAUUUUUUCCAGCUUAUUAUUAUUAUUAUUACUGUUUUUUACUUAUUUCAGUUUAGUGCUUCCUAUUUUCUAGGUAGACUUAGUCAACUUUAGUUGCUCAACUUUCUCAAGUUAGUGGCCCCUUUUAUGGCUGCUAGUGGCACAUGUUCUUAUUUAGUUUUAACAUACACUUUGUAAGUGGCUACUAGAUAGGAAAUGCUUAGGUUUCUCCUUGUAUAAAUUCAGAUCUUCUGCAAGUUAAUAUAUAGCCAGAAUUUCACAAGUUCACUCUAUUUUUAUUCUUCAAAUCAGUUUUUUGAGUGUUUCUAUUCUAACAGUGGCAACAGAGCCUCUAGUUGAUCUUACAAGAUAAUUUUUUUGUAACCUACAACAUAAAUGGCAUCAAACAACCUACCUUUAUAUUUACCAUUCACUUUCACCGGUGAAAAUUACCAAAUCUGGUCCGUGAAGAUGCCAGCUUUUCUGGAAUCCUAAGAACUUUGGGAAACUGUGACGGAAGAUAAACCAUUUUCUGCUCUACCAGCAAAUCCUACCUUGGCUCAAAUCAAAUCCAAAAACGAAGAGAAGGCAUAGAAAUCUAAAUCCAAGUCGCUUAUUGAGAAUGCUUUGACAAAUUCGGUAUUUUACAGAAUCAUGGCUUGCAAAAUAGCAAAAGAGGCUUGGGAUAGGUUGAAUGAAGAAUAUCAAGGCAGUGAUAGAACACGUCAAAUGCAAGUGUUGAGUCUGAAAAGAGAGUUUGAGUCCUUGAAUAUGCAGGAGGAUGAAACAAUCAAUAAGUACGUUAAUCGAAUCUCCUUAAUUGUUAAUAACAUUAGACUUCUUGGUGAAGAAUUUACAGACAAAUGAAUUGUAGAGAAAGUUCUUGUGACUCUUCCCGAGAGGUUUGAAUCUAAGAUUUCCUCUCUUAAGGAAUCCAAGGACCUGGGCAAACUUUCAUUAGGUGAACUAAUGAGUGCUCUUCAAGCACAAGAGCAAAGGAGGACUAUGAGAUGGGACAAGUUCACUGAAGGAGCUUUCUCUGUACAAUAGCAAAUAUUUAGUAAAGGAAAGCAACAGUUCAACCAAAAGAAUAAGGGCAAGCAUGAUGGAUGAAACAAUAGUGAAGAUGUGAAGCAGAAGUUCCCUCCAUGCAAACAUUGUAAAAAAACUAAUACACAUCUGGAGAAGUACUGUUGGUUGAGAGUCGAUGCUAUAUGCGGCAACUGUAAGCAGAUGGGGCACAUAUCCAAGGUCUGCAAAUCAAGAGAAAAGGCGUCUGGUACUUUUGCAAGCACAAGUAGUAGAAGCUACAGAUGCACAUGAGGAGCAACUCUUUGCAGUUUCAUACUUUUCAAUCAAUGAAUCCCCUGAUUCAUAGCUUCUUGAUAGUGGUUGCACACAUUUCUUGUGUAAUGAUGCUGAAAUGUUCAAAUUCCUUGAUCGUACCUACAAAUCUAAAGUAAAAGUGGGAAACGGUGAGGCAAUAGAAGUCAAAAGCAGAGGUACAAUGUCUAUCUCAACAAUAUCAGGUAUAAAAACUAUUCCUGAUGUUUUGUACACACCUGAUAUGAGUCAAAAUUUGUUGAGUGUUGGACAAAUGCUUGAAAAUAAUUAUUCUCUGCAUUUUAAGAAUUGUGAAUGUGUUGUUUUUGACCCUUCUGGAGUAGAAUUAUUUUAUGUUAAAAUGAGCAACCGAAUGUUUUUAGUUGAUUGGGAGAAAAUGACUGAGCAGGCUUACACUAUUACUUCACAAACAUGUAUAAACCUAUGGCACAAAAGGUUCGGUCACUUCAAUCUGAGAAGCAUCGCAGAGAUGAAAAAGAAGGAGCUAGUGGAAAAUAUGCCUGAAUUUCUUUCUAAUGCUCAAUUUUGUGAAAAUUGCCAACAGGGAAAGCAAACAAAAUUGCCAUUUCAAUCAAAUCAAGUAUGGAGAGCUAACCAGAAACUUCAGCUCAUUCAUACAGAUGUUUGCGGCCCAAUGAAAACAGAUCCGUUGAGUGGUAACAAAUACUUUCUCCUCUUUAUUGAUGACUACACCAGAAUGUGUUGUGUUUAUUUCAUUAGACUGAAGAGUGUAUAUUUUCCAACAGAGUGAAGUCUUUGAUGUUUUUAAACAAUUUAAAGCUUUAGUAGAAAAUCAAUGUAAUCUUAGUAUUAAGGCUUUAAGGUCUGACAAUGGAGGAGAAUAUACUUCUUCUCAGUUUGUGGAGGUUUGUAAUAGCACAAGUAUUGUACGCCAAUUGACAUUACCAUACACUCCACAACAAAAUGGUGUGUCUGAAAGGAAGAACAAGACGAUAAUGGAGAUGGCGAGAUUUCUUAUGCUCGAAAGAAAGAUCCCAAAUCAGUUUUGGGCUGAGGCAGUCAAUACCUACUAAGGCCUUGCAGGACAUGACUCCAUAUGAAGCUUUGUGUGGGAACAAAUGAUCAGUACACCAUCUCAGAAUCUUUGGGUGUAUAUGUUAUUAUCGUGUUCCAGAAACAAAGAGGAAUAAGUUGGAAAACAAGGCUCAUAAGGGCAUAUUUAUGGGCUAUAGUUCAUCCAAGGGAUACAUGAUUUUUUGUAUGAAAUAAAAAAAAACUAAUUCUCAAUCGAGAAGUGAAGUUUGAUGAAGCAGAUGGUUGGGAUUGGAAAAAUCAGAAAACCUCUCGUUUUGAUUUAUUUUCAAAAGAGCAACCUCAACUUCUAGAAGAUGAACUAGUGGAUGAUGUACCAGUGAGGGGAACUCGAACCUUAAAAGAUGUCUAUCAACGGUGUAAUUUGGUUACCCCUGAACCAACAAGCUAUGCUGAAGCACAAUACUCUUAGGCAUGGAGGAGAGCUAUGCAAGAUGAACUAGACAUGAUCGAGAAGAAUGGAACCUGGUAGCUUAUUGACAGAGCUAUAAAUCGCAAGGUGAUUGGUGUAAAAUAGAUUUUCAAGACAAAACUCAAUCCCGAUGGAAAAAUUUGCAAACAUAAGGCUAGAUUGGUGGUGAAGGGAUACACACAACAAUAUGGUUUGGAUUACUAGGAAACAUUUGUUUCUGUAGCAAGGUAUGACACAAUCAAGCUUAUUCUUACAUUUGCAUCUCAUAGUUCCCGGAAGAUUCAUCAACUUGAUGUCAAGUUGGCUUUUUUGAAUGGUUUGCUUGCCAAAGAGAUUUAUGUAGAGCAACCUGAGGGUUUCUCAAUUCCUGGAAAAGAGGAUCAAGUUUAUCUCUUAACGAAGGACUUGUAUGGCCUAAAACAAGCCCCGAGGGCAUGGUAUGAGAGGAUGGACAAUCAUCUCAUCCAAAUUGGCUUUAGUAGAAGUCAAAGUGAAGCAACUUUGUAUGUGAAAGUCACUGCAGGUGAGUCCUUAAUUGUCUCAAUUUAUGUACAUGACAUUCUUGUGACAGGAAGCAAAAUUGAACCAAUCCAAAGGUUCAAGGAUACAAUGGAGAAAAUCUUUCAAAUGACUAAUCUUGGAGUCAUGAAGUACUUCCUUGGCAUGGAUGUGUUGCAGUCCAGUGAUGGAAUUUUAAUAUCCCAGCAGAAAUACAUUGAAGAUAUUCUAAACAUAUUCAAAAUGCAAGACUGCAAACCUGUGAGUACUCUAAUCUCUACUGGUGUGAAGCUUGGCAAGGAUGAGGAUUCCAAAAAAGUGGAUGAUAGUAUGUAUAGAAGCUUAAUUGGCAGUCUUCUAUAUCUAACCACAAGCAGAUCUAACAUUCUAUUUGUUGUAAGUUUUGUCUCUAGGUUCAUGCAUUCUCCUAGAGACACACACUUCACAAUGGCUAAAAGAGUGUUAAGGUAUAUUAAAAAAACCAGCAAGUUUGGAACUUUUUUCCCAACAUCUGCUGAAGUAACUAUGAACCUGGUCGGGUACUCUAAUAGCGAUUGGGGUGGCGGAGUUGAUGAUUCGAAAAGAACCUCUGGAUAUCUUUUCUACUUGGGGACAAGUUGUUUUAAUUGGAGCUCUAGGAAACAAAAAACUACAGCUCAAUCAACAUCAGAAGCUGAGUACAUAGCUUGUGCAUCUACUGUGAAUCAAGCAAUCUGGCUAAGGAAGAUGUUGAAGGACUUGGGCCAUGAACAAACAGAAGCUACCAAGAUCAUGUGUGACAAGAGUUCAGCAGUUUCAAUCUCAAAAAAUUCAGUGUUUCAUGGUCAAACUAAGCAUAUCAAGAUCAAGUUUAGUUUUAUAAGAGAAGUCCAACAAUCUAAUGAAGUGUUGUUUGUUCUUUGUUCAUUUGAGAACCAACUAGCUGACAUUUUCACUAAGUAAUUGCCAAAGGAAAGGUUUCAAGAUCUGAGGUAAAGAAUUGGUGUUUGCCACAAAAAUGCCAAGGAAGAGUGUUAGACAAUUGACAUUUUUUCCAGCUUAUUAUUAUUUUUGUACUGGUUUUUACUUAUUUCAGUUUAGUGCUUCCUAUUUUCUAGCUAGACUUAGUCAACUUUAGUUGCUCAACUUUCUCAAGUUAGUUGCCCCUUUUAUGGCUAUUAGUGGCACAUGUUCUUAUUUAGUUUUAACAUCCACUUUGUAAGUGGCUACUAGAUUGGAAAUGGUUAGGUUUUUCCUUGUAUAAAUUCAGAUCUUCUGCAAAUGAAUACAUAGCGGGAAUUUCAUAAGUUCACUCUAUAUUUAUUCUUCACAUAUGUUUCAUGAGUGUUUCUGUUCUAACAUUUAGUUGGUAUGUUGGAAUAUGUCGGAUUUGAUAAUGUUUGACUUGAGCUUAAUGUGGGCUACAAAAAAUUCAUUAUCUCAUAAUUUAGAUUGUGUAGAUAAGUUUCUGGUUGAGUAUUUUUGUAUUUUAUAACAAAGGGAUUUGAAUUUUUUCUGAUUGAGUAUUCCUAUAUUGAAAGUGCUACUGUUUUAUCAUGAUUUAUUAUAGGUAGUUUUAUGUAAAUUUUAUUGGUUAUAAGCUUUAAAUUUUUCUAGCAUAUGGUGAUUUCAGAGCAUAUUAUUUUUCUAGCAUAUGGAUUUCACUAAACUUUUCACCACUAAGUCCUCAAAAAAUCACAUAAUGUCCUCGAUCAGCAGCAAUGUUCACGUGGCUAAUAUCAUUGGAGGAUUAUGGUUAAGAUUGUAGGUUCAAGGGGCUUCGGCUGUGUCAAAUAUGGGAAUGUUUUUAGCUAAGAUGAGUAGUGACUCAUAUCAGCUUUUGGGAAUGGUAGAACGGGGGAUGCUUCCUAAUUUUUUCGCAAAGAGAUCGUGUUAUGGAACCCCUCUUAUCAGUAUUUUGUUUUCUGCAUCAGGUGUUGUGCUGCUGUCUUACCUUAGGUUUCAAGAAAUUGUAGUUGCUGAGAACUUUGUGAACUGUUUUGGUAUGAUUUUGGAAUUUCUAUCUUCUUCGAUGUUAAGGAUAAAAUAUCCAGCAGCAUCAAAACCUUAUAGGAUUCCACUACUCACUCUUGUUGAAGUAGAUUUUAGUGCAUCGUACAACUGCUGGAAAAACACCUCUUUGGGUCAUAUAAAAAGAACUUCCUUAUAGUUGGGCAUUGAAACUGAAAACCUUGAUCCCUUCAUUCUGCUUUAGUGAGAGUGUGUUGUGUUAAACAACAUGUUUGGGUAAUAAGAAUGUAAGUGUUGGUGUGGUCUUUUAUGAUUUCUCCUUCCUAUUGAGCUUGAAGGUGAUGUCUUCAUCAGCAAAUAUCCAACAUAUAUAGGAGGGGAAAAUGUUUAAAAGGAUGCCUAUAUGUACAAUGCUAGGAAUUUGGCUUGUUGUUGCUAGAUUAUCUUGUUGUAUAUACUACUAGGGUAGAAUGAGAUCAAAUAACUAAUAGCUGAGGAUAUUGAAGUAAAGAGAGUUGUUUCAUCCCUGGGAAAAUUACUAAUAAGAAAAAGGUAUGGUAGUUGAUGUCUCCAUUACUUGGCCUAGCAUAAUUCGAUGGUUAAAUAUUCUUAAUCCAGUACAUUCGGAGGAAACAACAUGACUCUCAACCAGCUUCAUUGUCACCUACAAGUCACUCCAGCCAGCCAGAUGUAGGUCCUCUUAAUAUUCUUAAUCCAGUUGAUUAGGUCUUCUUCAAAGAUGCAACCAAGUUGUAGUUUUGUUAGAAAAUUAUUCUUAGUAUUAUAGGUUAAACUAAAAUUAUAUGUACAACUCCAACAUUAUGUCUUCCAUUAAGUUACUAAUAAAUUGAAAACAAUUCAUACGGAAAUGGGAUCCCCAAUAACCAGAGACAAAAGAUUCAUAUGAGAAAACAUAAGUAAACAGGCCUCUACUUGAACCUGCAAGGAUAAAGGUACAUGAACAACAAUUUUACCUCCAUAAAAAUUGGUGUAUAAUCCCUUGCAAACUAAUGGAUGUAAACAAAUAGCGCCCCUCCACUAAAAUGGGCUGGAUUGCCUAAUCUAUGCAGAUUGGAUGCUCUAUUCAGCAAUAUAGGAUGUCCAUGCGUAACUUCUUGAUUAGUAAAAGAGUACUCUUCUUAUGUAGUUAUUCAUAAGUUGUAUCCCCUUACAUCUAACUAUUAAAUGAAUAAGUUUCAUACCCCAAAAACAUGAAAAAAAACAUACUAAUAUCAAUGUGACUUAUGUAGGAAAACAUAUUUGACGAGGAAAAUGUAGAGUCUGAAUAAUGAAGACCUGGAAAAUAUGAAGACAUCAAGAUUUUUCCGAUAGAAGUUCUGGAAACCUCACUGUAGUUGGCGUUGUUAAUGGAGAAUAUGUGACAUUUAACUCUACUUUUCUUAGUUGCAACUUUCUCAACCUUUAUUCUGUGAUCUGUCAUCUGUAAAGGGGGAUUUAGAGUGAAGGUUUAUAUAAAUAGUUUUUGGGGUUCAUAGGACUAGUUCAUACUAUAUAGCACAUGAACUAUUGGGAUGAGCUUGUGCGUUGAACAUUGAGAUCAUGUCAGGUGUACUUCUGCACACGUGAGGUGUAAGUAUCCCGAGACAACUAUCUCUAUGUCUGUCCCAAAGUAUCUCAUCUCUAUAUGAGUACCUGACGAGUCUCGAGUUUGCCUUCCAUACGUGAUCCUCAGACUAAAAUGUUACUUAAGGUGUAACUUGGUUGCAUCUUUGAAGAGGACCUACAUAUGCAACUUGGUUAAAUUCCAUGUUUUUUUAUGAAGUUUAUUUUUUGAGCUGUUGAUUGGGAAUCAGGUUAAUGGUUAACAGAUUUGAUCAAAAUGCUUUACGUUCUUUAGUUUUACUUGUUCAUGUAUAAUUUCAAAAUUAAUACUCACUAAUAAAUACUCUUGUAAACUCCAUCAUCCUCAGACUACACUGAGUAUGUUGUUGUUUGUAAUAAUAAGUAAAAAUUUAACAGUAGACAAUAGCUGGAUCUUCUAAAUUGUGUUUUAUGUGUGCGUGGACUCAACUACUUUUUGUUUGAUCUUGCUGUAGUGGAAUUUGGUUGUAGUCUUUUUUUUGCUUAUGAGAAUGGAUUGGUAUAGCAGCCUUAUAUUUAUGUUUCUCUAGUAUAAUGAUAUUAAUAAGCUGUAUAAUUGAUGAAUUGGCAAAUUGUUGUUUGAUGUAUUUAUUGUAAUUCCAUUAGAAAUUGACUGAAGCAAGUUUAUAUUAAAUUUAAUUUGGUAGACUGCUUAUCAUGUAAAGACGAUUCUUGUGGCUUGAUAGGCUAGUUGAAAUGUAUAAUUUUACCUGAGUAAACAGAAAUAGUUUCAGCUUCUGUUACCUAAUGUAUCCUUGUGCAUAUUUUGAGUUUCUUUUAAGGCAAUGAAGAAGACAACUGGAAAGCGUCGAAAGCAUAAAUAAGAGGAAACAACAUGAUUCUCAACCAGCUUCAUUGCCACCUACAAGUCACUCCAGCUAGCCAGAUGUAGGUCCUCUGAAGGUGAAUUCAUUGCCACCCACCUUUCCUCCUCAACCAACUUCACUGCCAUAUGUCGCUCCUACUCAACAACAUUCACUGCCACCCGCUAUUACUUAUAUGUCGACAUCAUUACCCUUAGCUUUCCUCCACUAUCGACUUCAUUACCACCUUCUUGUUUUAGUAUACCACCAUGUGGGUCUAUCUAAAAUAACUCCACAACUUCUCAUGGCAGGAGUACAGGUCUUCCUAAUAAUAUUGUUCCCACACCUCGUAUAAAUUCUUCUUCGAGUUAUCAUAUAAGUAAAAAAGGCAGCUCCUCAUCUCUGCUUCCAUCAUCGACUCAAAUUGUAUCUCCAACAUCAUCGACACCUAGUAUAUCUAGGUCAAAUAUUGGAGUCCCUGUACCAACAUCACCAUCUAUGAUCAGUAGUACUACUACACCUGCUUGUUCAAAGACUCAAAAUUCUUGAGAUAUUAGAGAAUAUGAUGCUUUUCAUAGGCUGAUUAUUACCCCUUAUGAGGAUGGGUUUGCGCCAUCAUAUCUUGGCUCGCGUAUUGUUUCAGAAUCUAUUACACCAUUCUUCGAUGAUGCUUGGGGUAGAUGGAAAGAAUUUCCCUACAAUAUCAGAGAACAAGUAUGGAAUCAAUUUA